CGAGCCAUUAACCCCUAAUCAUCGGGAUCGAUCAGGCGUUAACAAGGGCCUCUACAUAUGCAAAUGGGGGAAAAAAACCAAAGGCCAGGGCGCUAUAAAAGACGACCCUGGCCAGAGGCUGCUACCACACACUCCCUCUGACAUCUGCUGGAUUUACAGGUCACCGAGUAGCACUGCGAACAUGGUGAAAUACUUUUCUGUGGACUGGCUGGCCCAGAGCCAUCAGCACACCGCGCUGACCGAGGACGAACACGGAGCUGGCGUGGAUACUGCGCCGACCUGCAGACCUCACAUUCCCUGCAUGGUGCAGCCGCGCCCGCCGGCUUUUGGCAGGGGUUACCUGCAGCCCAAACCCAAAGCAUCCAAGCCCGAUGAACACAUGGAGCCAGCGGAGAGAGAGAGCGGGCAGGACUCCAGCCUGAUGUGCUCCCCUUUCCAUCCGACACGCUGCGCAUCGCCAAUUUCAGAAAUCAGCGGCUAUUCCUCCGGGUAUGAGAGCGAGGCGGCUUCCUCUGAGGGAAGCGACGUGGAGAAGGACGGAGCGCAGCGCCGUGUGCGCACCAAGUUUACCCCCGAGCAGAUCGGCAAGCUGGAAAAGAUCUUCACCAAGCACAAAUACCUGGAUGCUGGAGAGAGAGUGAAGGCAGCGCAGAAACUGAAGCUCACAGAAACUCAGGUGAGGACCUGGUUCCAGAACAGGAGGAUGAAGUUGAAACGGGAGGUGCAGGACUACCUUGCUCCCCACAUCCAACCGCUGAUGUUCCAGCCUCUGCCCCCGGUGCAGUAUCACCGCGUGGCCGGACAGCGACCCCACUACCCCGCCACCGGCCGGGCCUUUUACCCGCUGCAAGUAGUCCCGCAGCUGGUGAUGCAGCAGCAGCAGCAGCAGCAGAUGCCCCCUCACCACCAUCCUCAUGUCAUGAUCCGCAGCCCACACUUCUACUGAAGAACUGUCAACCAGAGACUUCUCCCACUGAAACACUUAAGAGUCCAAACAAGUGCAAUCCAGAGUGCUUUUAUUUGAU